UUAUCAUCAGGGAAUGUAAUGGUGACAGUGUUUUGUAUAAAAUAUGUAUGUAUAAAGUAGUUCCCCCCCCCCACGCGCCUCCUCUGUGUUGUGCACUCCGGUGUCUUGGCAACGCAGGGAUAUGCCAUUUGGAUGUGGUCAUCUUAAAACUAAUAUAAUUUAAACCAUAGAUUCGCGUUGUGCUCGCCGCGCAUGUAUGGGGUAGAGAAACAGGAACGUCUAUUGUACUUAUUUUUACGUAUGUAAUGAUUUUGGUUCAUUGCUUUAGCUUUUAUUUUGUCUCAAGAAGUCCAGCCCCCCCCCCCCUCCUGCAAGCACAAUUGAUGUGGCCCAACAGGCUUCCGCCAACAAACGGCCGGCCGUUGGUAUUUCCUGCGAACUGUCGCCCUGUUUCAAGCGAGCAGCAUCAGCUUCUGUAAACAGGCGUGAGGUUAGCAGUUCGAGCACGCAGGCCCUUACUUUUCCACAGCAGAUGGAAAACUUCAUUCUCUAUGAGCAGCUCGGAUCAGGCAAGAGCUCUGUUGUCUAUAAAGGAAGACGGAAGGGGAGUCUCAGUUAUGUGGCCAUUAUCUGCACCAACAAAGCCAAGAGACCUGAGAUCUCUAACCAUGUACGUCUCAGCCAUGAUCUGGAUCAUCCAAACAUUAUAUGCUUCUAUGAGUGGUAUGAAAGCAGCAACCACCUCUGGUUGGUAGUAGAGCUCUGCACAGGUGGUUCCUUGGAGUCUGUGAUUGGUCAGGAUGGAUGCCUGCCAGAGGAUGUCGUGAGGACAUUUGGAUGGGACUUGGUCAAAGGACUGAAAUAUGUCCAUGAAUUGGGAAUCAUUUUCUCUGACUUGACGCCUGCUAAGAUUUUACUGGAUGGUAGUGGCAUCCUGAAAUUUGGUAACUUCUGUCUGUCCAAGUUGGAGGGAGAGACACUGGAAGAUUUCUUCACCCUGUUUGUUUCAUCUGAAGAGGCAGAAAUGAGAGAUGCCGAGACGAACUUCAGCAACAUGAGGAAAAGAUUACAAGGUUCUCUAAUGUACACUGCACCAGAGGUUUUGCAAGGAUCAGAAAACAAUAUGAGCUCUGAUCUGUGGGCUCUUGGAUGUAUGCUUUACUACAUGUACACUGGCAAACCUCCAUUCUACUCUGAUAGUAACAAUGAGCUGAUAGAGAUGAUAGUGUGUCAAGAACCACCUCCUCUCAGACAGACAGACAGUCUUCCGAGUGAAGAAUUCCAGAAUCUCCUUAAAGCCCUGCUCAACAAAAACCCAGAGCAAAGGAUUGACUGGCCAGAGUUGCUGGACCAUCCUUUCUGGGCUCCAGUAGUGAAGGAGGAGGAGGAUGAUGUGGCAGAGGAUGAUGGAGGGCAUCAGACGGAAGAUAACAGCUGUGAGAGAGUUGGUCCUGCUAGCUGGAGACACACAGAGAAUCCCUUAUGUCCAGCACAGGCAGAGGAGCAGCCCGACAGCCAUGCUGCCAUCACCCAGCCAGGCCAUGAGACUUGUCUUAAAGUAUUCUCAUCACUGAAAACACCUGAAACAACUCGCACAAGGAAUGAUAACCACCGAGCUUUCAGACACACCAACUGUGGAGCUUUAAGGAACAGUCAGGAAAAGGCAGAAGAUGACUCUGAGCUAACUAGAGCCAAGAAAAUAAAUCACACACUGCAGCCCCAUAAAUUAUUCACAAUAGAUAAUGUGUCAGAGCUUAGGCCAAAGAGUGGUGUGGAUGAGGACAACACAGAGGCUAUUUUUCUGCUCAGCUCUUGUGCUAACUCAAGAAGGAGCUGCAGUGCCAUAGACUCUCUGGACCAGAGCCCUUUACCUCAGGCAAGUAUGGGCACUGAUGUCACAGCUAGUGUAAAAUGUCUUCUCCAUACUGACUCUGACCUGACUGUCACUCCAAUCAUGGACAAUCCCAAGAUUCUGAGGAGUCUUCCUGUGCGAUUUGAUCCUAAAACCCUUUGUGUUCCAGCACAUUCAGUUGAGAAGCUGCACUCUUUAAGCGAUGAAGGCUGGACUAACUUCCUGUCACAGCUUUGUUCCUCCCUUGAAGAACAGAAUCGCUCCACUCAUCUGGUCUGCUCCUUCACUGCUACUGCUCCUCCUCCUCCUUCCUCAGCUGCCCGCUCCAAACUGAACCUGUUAUGUUACCUCUGCUGUGUGGCUGGAAACAAACUUGUUGCUAACAAGCUGAUUAACUCAAAUCUGCUGUCAGUGUUGAUCCAACAGUUACGACAAGCUCCUAACUGGGAUGUACGGAGCAAGGUCCUCAGAGUGAUGGGUCUGCAGGCUCUGCACUGUACUAAACUUGGAGAGGAGAGUCCUGUUUCUGAGGCUGUGUCAACAAUGACGGAGUUGUUGAGGGACAACCAGAGGAAUCAUAAAGUGAAGCAUUAUCUGCUGCCACCACUUGGGCAGUUCCUCUACCUAAUUGCAUCUCAGGAAGAGAAGAGAGGCUCCCCAGAGGGACUGUGGUUCGUUCCCGCUGCCGCCUACACUGGCUUAAUGAGGAGCCUGCGGGAAGGGGACGACCCCGUAGUUCAUCACAUGGUUGCACAUACCAUAGAGAACCUCUCAACCGUCGUUUCUGUGUCAUCCCACCACCUGUUUACAUCAGAGAUGGGCUCCGCCCUGUGGUUCCUGUUCACUCACUCCACUGUGGAGGCCGUCAGGGUCACUGCCGUCUCGUCUCUUUCUAGGCUAACCCGUGUGGUCCCUGCAGUCUUCUUGGCAGUGAUUGACACAUGUGGCCCUGCGGCCAUCUUGGAGGGUGUGGGUGGAGCAGGGGCCAGGGUCCAGCAGCACUUGCUCAAUGCUAUGGCCACUGCCUUAGUUACUUCACGCAUCCAAACUCAUCACUUCACACAGACCAAGGACUUGGUGUUGAAGGUGCUACACUGUCUCGAGAGUCCAUCCAAAGUAACAAGAGCCAAAGCAAUACUGCUACUGCUGCUACUAAUACAGGACAACGCACAGAUAUUGCUGUACUGCUGUCAACACAGACUUGUCAUGUACCUGGAGAGAGACCUGUGCAGGGCCACACCUCUCAAAGCAAACCCCAACCAGUCAGGAUACCUGUCUCAGUGUCUGGACUUACUGAUUGGACAUCUGUGUAGCGCUGCACCACUCAUACUGGGUGAUGUCUUAGGUGCAUUGAGAGACGUGAUUGGGAGAAGACACCCAUCUACAGCUCAGAGCAGACAGCUUAAACUCACCUUACCCACACUGUCUCUAGUGCUGGAACUUCUUUCAUCACAGGUUUUUCGGUCUAAAAUUGUUACUGAAGACUUUCUGGCUCAAACUGGAUUGCUCCUUAACUAUGUCUCUUCCAUAGAGUCCAAUGAAACAAACCUGGCCAGUGCUGUGGGUGCAGCAGUAUGUGAGGAGCUGAUCAGGACAAGUCUGUCCAUUGUGAAAGUCCUGAGUCAGCAUCAGGCUGUCAUCACUCCACAUCAUAAUGCUGUUGUGGAUGCCAUCCUGCCUCCUCUGACAACGCUGGCUUUCAGCAGAAAUGUGGAGUGGUCUGUCUUUGUUUUGAGGGUGCUGUCUGAACUCAGUCUUGCCCUGCUAGUCGAGGAUGGUGAUGGUCCUAAAGAAGAUGAGAUGACAGAAGAAAAGAAAAAAGGAAGGGCAGCAGAAGAAACGGAUAAAGGAAAGUCUUCCAGUCAAAUAUUGGCUCUCAUCACUGAAUCCCUUCUUCCAAGGUAUGAGUCUCUUCUUGGAGCAGCAGAGCCCAUUCCACUCUACGCUCUCAAAUUGCUGGUAUCAAUGACUGAAUACAGCAAGCAAAUCUGCAGGUUGAUCAAACACAGUGGGAUCCUACCAACGGUUUUUCAGCUCAUUAUGGCCAACAUCAAUAAUGUUUCCAGUGGGAUCGUAAUCCAAAAUGCAGUUGCCUUGUUGUGUAACCUUACAGAAGAUACAACCUUAGACCUGAAGCCACUGCACCAGCAAGGCCUUAUAGAGGUGGUUGUGAAUACCCUCUCAGAAGCUGCAGUGGUCCACCAGGCUGGAGAAGAGCACACCAUGCGGAAGACUGACCACCUUGUGUUACAAGCGCUUCUGGAACUGCUUCACAACAUAUUGAAACGGACGUCACUUGUUGUUCGCUCUGCACUCAAGAGCCAGAGGCUAUCUUGUCCAGCAGCAGAGAUGGAGGCAGCAGAGAAGCUGCUCCUGGCCAACAGACCCCUGAGCCAACUCAGCACUCACCUCAUUCACAUGCUCUUCUCUAAAAACCAAGAGGUGUGGGAGGAAUCUAUUCAGUGUCUUUCCCUGUUGGUCCAGCUGUAUGGUGGAGAGGGUCACGACUGUCUGUCACCCUCCUGCUUGAAAAGCUUCUCCCAUGUGCUGCGCGCACGCAUGCACACAGAGUCCACCCGAAUACAUCGCAUCAUACUCAGGAUCAUCAAACGACUGGUGCAGACGACAGACGGAUCAGAUUGGCUAGAAUGUCCUGAAUGGGCCGAGUUAGCAGGUUUGCUGCAGGAUAUAACUACAUCCAACAGGCCUCAGGGUGAUGUGAAUCAACUGGCCGCUGAAAUCCUCCAGGAGAUUUCUGGAUCCUAGAAGCCGUUUAUCUUCAAACCCUCAGCCAGUUGAAGGUCUGCAGUCUUUUAGAGUUUCCUUGUUUCAUCAGGUAACCUGUGUCUUAAUAAUCAAAAAAAUGUUACAUUAGUUUGUUUCAGACAUCAUAUAUUUUGUUAUUUAAUUAGUUAAACAUCACGCAAUCCUAUCCUCAAUGUUAAGAGCCUGGACAUGGACAUAAAUAUCACAUUACACUGUAGUUGGUGACUGUUUUCCAGUGGGAUGUGAGGGAUUUUGACUUAGAGGUAUCAGAGCAUUUGCUCUCGUCUGCAUGACUUUUAUUACAUUUUCAAAUUGAAUAACUGACAGUAAUAUAUAUUACUCUGUCACUGCAGUAAUUUGACAGCUCAUUUUAAAGUCCCAUCGAGUGUCCAUCAGAGUGCAGAUGAUUACAGUGCGGGUGUUCAGUCAGCACAGCUGUCUGGACACCUCCAGUCAAAGAUGGAGGCUGACUGAGUGCAGCAUGAACAACACUGUUCAUGACAGCUUUUCUCUUCCUCUCCUCCAUACUAACAAUAACAUACUGAAACUGCCUGUUACCAUAAGUUAUGAUGUCAUACAGUGACCAGGGCCACGUAGUCUAAAGCUGCUUUUCAGACAUGCUGGAGGGGGGCUGUGUGUGUGAACACAAAUGUCUGUUGGAAGUCUCUGGAGACUCUACCGCCAGCUCCAAAGUAAACUAUCUAGUAAAUGUCAGAAUGAGCUCAUGUGAGAACGUGUAGGAAAACCUCAGAAGAAUCCAGUUGAUUACUGGGUCAGUGAGUGUCUUGCUUCCUGCUUGCUCAGGCCAGUCACCACCCCAUCACCUGGAUUCUCCAGAGAUUCUCCUGCUCUUGUGAACACAGGUGUGUAUGAGAGAGAGAGAGAGAGAGGGAGAGAUACUUGGUCUGAUGUCUGUCCUCUAUCCAACACCAUGUCCUCUGGAAAAAAACAAACUUGGACACCAGUUUUAGUCACCGCUGGCUGGCUUUUACUUCUUCACUCCAGGUUCGGAUUUCAUAUGCAAAUCUGACUAAUCUCACUUAAGCCGUAGCAAACAGCUGUCUAAUAUCAACCACCAAGUCAAACCAAUUGAAUUUUUUGGACACCAUCUCGCGCGAGGAAGACGGUGAACAGAGAUGGCUUCCUGCCAAACUGCGUGUCCCUGCAGGUGGACGACGUGGACACUUGUUUGACAGUGAGAUAAUCAGCUUUCCUCACCUUGCUACUCAGUUAUUUGUUGUGUGAAAGUGAGGGUCACGUCUCUGUUGUAAUGUUUUUCUGUUACGACCUCUGCUGUCUGAUGGCCUUAUUUCACACAAUAAACAAGACCCAGUUGUAGCUGCUGUGUGUAAUCCAUUAUCCACAUCUCUGCUAUGGAAUAUGCAAAGACGGUGGUAUUCAGGUUGAACAAAUUUGAGAAAUAAACCUUUUUUCAUGAUUUCAUGAUAUUAUUUAGGUUAAGAUGCAGUUAAAUAUUCACCGUUUCAUACAUUAAAAUGAGGAGUAUUAACAAACGAGAUACCAUAAAUGAUUAGAGCUGUUCAGAAUACUCAACAUGUGGAUUAUGCCCAUCAGUGUCUUGCUGUAGUACUGCCUGGCAACAUUCCCACACUGCACACAGGAAGUGAUUUGUUUUACAUCACAAGCACUGAUGACAAUGCAGUGCUUGUAAAAAGUUUUUUAAGUGGAUUCUACUGCUAUUAAAACCUUGGACGUUAAUCGGUUCACUGGGAAAAAAACGCGUAUUGCAGCUGGAUAAUACUGUAGAGUGAGGGUCAUUGUUUCAGUUAUCACUGCAAAGGGGAGACAGAAGUUACUCACUCGAUGAGAACUUAAAUACAACUUUUUCAUAAUUUUUUUUCCUUGACUGCAACGUUUAAACCCUGGGUCAGAUUUGCUGCAUAAGGUAUAACCUAAAUUACAUUGUUUCAGACUGAUUAUCUUUUUUUUUUAUCCCAUCUGCAGAAAGUUUUACCUCACACUGAAACUGCAUUUUCUUGUAUUCAGGUGAAAUGAGACAUGGAGACAUCCAGGUGAAAUGACAGUCCAUUUUAUUGUUUCAGAACACAGCAGGCUACAGAAACCAGCUCCUCCCACUAUCCCCACCCCUUUGUAACAUCAGACCAGUGAAAGCCCUCCUCUACCCCCACCUUUUCACAGCCACACCCAUCCCUCUCAGGUCAGCUACACCCCCUUUGGAACAGCAAAGACACAUCAGUGUCCACCUUUAAAGCAAGAAAAUAGCUUGAUAUUUGGACCAUGAUUUCCAAUUCAUGUUUUUUUUUAUACAAAAGCUACACAAUGAUACACUUGAAUCAGAAUACAAUUCAACUGAUUAACUUUAGUGUUUGGACACCAUUUAAAAUGUGAUCAGAUUCUUUACUUUGAUGGAGCAUUACCACAAAUCAAACUCACUAUCAGACUUAAAAUACAAGGGACUGCAAAAAACAAGAAAUGAGUAUCGUAAUUCAGAAUGAAAAAAAGCAAACCAGAAUCAGUUUGUACCAUUACAGACUUGAGAAAACAUAAUAAAAAAAAGGUAAAACAACCAAAAGUAAAAAAAAAAAAAAAAAAGUAAAACAAAA